CUACCGUGCCACAACUCUUGUCUAGCUGCGGCAACAGCCAAAUCAAUCUUUAUACAUAUCGCUUACCUGGAAAGGACACAAUAUAGUCCUGCAUCUGUCGAUAUAUCUACUCUUUGCUGCACGUUCUUAGCCCGACAGAUACUUUGAGAGUCACCCGUGGUCAUACCGCCCAAGCGAUUGCAGUUGGGGUUCUUCAUUCGGCGGAAAGAUAGGAAACAUGGCGCAGAAUCAUGCACAGAUCUCAAACUGGCGCGAGGAGCUCAUUCCUAACAUCAUAGAUCAUCUAGCCAAGGUAGCACCUUCGGCACCGUAUGCCCUCUAUCCUAAUUCUCCAACGACUUAUGACGAGGGCUAUCGAACUGUCACGUAUAAGGAUUUUGCCAAUGCUGUGAACGGAUUGGCCUGGUGGCUGAGCGACAACCUUGGACCGUCCAAGAACUUCGAUGUUCUAGCAUACUUUGGACCAAACGACGUCCGGUACACUGCUUUGCUUCUUGGGGCUGUCAAAGCCGGCUACGUGGCUUUCUUUACUUCUCCUCGGAACAGUGUCGCUGCUCAUGGCGCGUUAUUCGACAAGCUACAAUGUCAAGUUCUGCUCACGCCGGAGCCAGCUCCACCGGCCACAGAGCAGAUAACAAGCGCACAUCCCAUGAAACACCUGCAUGUUCCAAGCGUAACCGAUCUCCUUGAAAAGGAAUACCCGCAUUAUGCGUACGACAAGACCUACGCAGCGGCUCACACAGAUCCGCUUGUGGUAGUGCACACAUCAGGUUCGACUGGCAUACCCAAACCAUUAAUUUGGACGCACGAGACAGCUGCAAGGCAUCAUAACUACUGCGCUCUCGAACCACCUUCUGGCUAUGAAUCCAUUGACAAGCUUCACCAGGGCAAGCGCAUGCUGAAUACAUUUCCACCAUUCCAUGCCGCUGGUAUUGCCAUUCACCUCGUUCAUAGUCCUCCAUUCGGAACUGUGUCCAUUGCACCAUUAUCUGGUGCUUUACCCACGGCCGAAAGCAUUGUCCAAGCACUGAAGACAACUAAAGCGGAUGUGGCAUUUCUAGUGCCUUCUAUCAUUGCAGAUAUCAGCCAGAAACCAGAAUUGCUGGACUUUUGCGCUGAGAAUUUGGAGCUCAUUCUUUACGCUGGGGGCGACCUCCCUCAAGCCAUAGGCGAUAAGAUUGCGGCCAAGAUGCCUAUUCAAAACAAUCACGGUGCCUCCGAAUUCGGUCUCAUUGCCCAGCUCCGAACGCCAGAGAUGACAAGACUGGACUGGCAUUACGUGCUGCCUCAUCCAGAGCUUGGUUGUGUUUUCGAAGAGAAUUCGCCUGGUCUGUACGAGCUUGUGUUCAAGAAAAACCCGAAAUAUGAGAAGCAUAUGAUGCCAUUUACUAUUGGACCGGUUUUGAAAGGGCAGGAUGAGUACCGCACGAGAGACUUGUUCGUCAAACAUCCUACAAUCCCAGACUGCUGGGCUUGGAAGGCCAGAGCAGAUGACAUCAUUGUCUUUCUGAACGGCGAAAAAACAAACCCGGUAUCCAUGGAGCAAUCUAUCAUCUCAAGCAACGAGGAAGUAGUCCAAGCUCUAGCAUUCGGUAUGCAGAGGUUUCAAGCUGGGCUACUUGUUGAGCCAUCACCGAAAUUAGGGGACUUGAAUGAAGUAGAUCAGGCGAAAUUCGUUGACAAAAUUUGGCCUUCCAUCGACCGGGCCAACCAGAGUGCACCAGCUCAUGCACGCGUCGAGAAGGCCAUGGUCAUCCUCACGCGCCCGGACAAGCUUAUGAUCCGUUCUGGAAAGGGCACAAUACAACGACAGGGGACGCUCGCGAUGUAUGCAGCUGAAAUUGACGACAUCUAUGUCAAGGCAGAUACUGUGCUGACCGGAAUCGAACACGCGUCUCUGGACACCAAAGAUGCUGGCCAGGUCGCUGAGUGGCUUAAGAAAGUCAUCUCCCAGAUUGAGCCCGCUCUUCUUGAAGAUGAGGGCAAGACCUUCUUUGAUAAGGGUAUGGAUUCUCUUAUGGGCGUCAGGUUGGUUCGCGCUCUGAGACAUGGCCUUGGCCAACCUGACCUUGAUCUGUCUAUUGUCUACAACAAUCCUAGCUUGGAAAUGCUCACAAAGUAUAUCGUGAGUGGGAAAGAGACUCCUGGGGCUCCUAACGGCGCCCCAAAUGGGACCGUUAAGGUGACCGAUGCGGAUCCGGAAAUCGACUCCCUCUUGAAAGAGUAUGAGCCAGUCAUCACCCAAAUAGGACAACAAGCACGUACUCCCGGCGAAAGAAAAGGCGAAGUCGCCGUUCUCACUGGUUCCACCGGGUCUCUGGGAAUCCAUCUCCUCGAAGCACUUCUGGCAACCCCUGCAAUCUCGCACAUCUACUGCCUCAACAGGCGUGAAAAUGCCAAAGAAAUCCAUGCAAACAAUAUUAAAGGGUGGGACUCAAAAUUUCCUCACCAGAGCGACCGCGUCACUUUCCUACAAGCGGCGCUACAUGACCCGAAUCUCGGCCUCGAGCAGAAGACGUACGAGACUAUCCGCUCAACAGCAACAAUCAUCAUCCACAACGCCUGGACGGUGAACUUCAUGUUACCUCUCAAGGCGUUCCGCUCGCAAUUUGAUGGCCUUGUUAACUUCUUCCGCCUGGCAGGGAGUCGUUCAGACCCUCCCAAGCUACUUUAUAUUUCCUCAAUCAGUUCCGUCGCACAGCUUCCGCGAGUGACAUCUGCUCUUUCGAUACCAGAAGAAGUAGUCCGUGACUCGAAUGCCCCGUACGAAAUCGGAUAUGCCAAGUCAAAGCUCGUGUCUGAGUUGCUAUGUGACGCUGCAGCGCAGACGUUGGACAUACCUGUGUCUUUUGCACGCGUUGGGCAGAUCGCAGGUCCAGUUGGAGAGGGCGUGAAUGCGACAUGGAGUACGGCUGAGUGGCUGCCGGGCUUGGUCGUCACAUCAAUAAGCCUAGGUCUCCUGCCGGAGGAUUUGGGUGCGGAGCUGAAUCAGGUUGAUUGGAUCCCUGUGGACCUGCUCUCCAAAGUACUCUUGGAGUUCGGAGCUGGAUCAUCGGCCCAAGCACCCAAUGGCGCGGGAACCAACGGCAAUCCCCACGGCGCCGAGGUCUUUAACCUACUCAACCCGAAAACCACGUCAUGGAAAGAACUUAUUCUUGCCAUCGUCGCUAGCGUCGAGAAGCACACUGGUAAAGUCCUCAAUGUCGUGUCUGCCCGCGAGUGGCUUGAGAAGUUGCAGGAGGUUGUAGAUAACUUCUCUGGUGAAGAUGCUGUGGAUCUUGUGCGCACGUAUCCAGCGGUCAGGCUGCAGGAGUUCUAUGAGGCGCGUCUUCUUGAUAGUAAGAACGCUAUUAAGUGGGAUUUGGAUCGUGCAAGGUCUCAAAGCGCGACCUUAAAUGGCAUGCCCGCUAUCGGGAGGGAUUGGAUCGAGAGGUGGAUUGAGCAAUGGCUGAAGGAAAUGAAGACAGCUGUUGAGUAGAUAAGCGGACGUCUGGG